UCAAGUUGUAUAAACAGGCUAACCUAUAUACACGUUUUCCAAACUUUUAGGGGAGUACACACUAUAAUUUCCUUUCCACGGUAAUAAUUUGAUUCGUCUUAAUUAAAGUGGGGACAACUCCAUAUUGUGAAACCAAUAAUUUCAAUGGAAUAAACAAAACAAUUUCUCAAUUAUAAAUAGCACGCUACAUAGAGGUCCAAAUAUCCAAAUUAAAAAUAUCUUGAAAAGGGAAGAUCAAAGUAUGAAGAGAAUUCUACUUGUGAUUAAUUGUCUAAUAUUUUCUAUUGGUGUUUGUGGUGGUCCUUUGUUGAUGCGCUUAUAUUUUGUCGAAGGAGGUUCAAGAAUUUGGCUUAGUAGUUGGUUACAAACCGGUGGAUGGCCACUCACACUUAUACCUCUAGCCAUCCUAUACUUCUAUCGUAGAAAAAUCGAAGGCUCUGAUACCAAAUUUUAUUUCAUAACGCCCCGAAUUUUCAUUGCAUCAUUCUUGAUUGGCAUUGUCACGGGACUUGACAAUUUUUUUUAUUCGUGGGGCGGGUCGAAACUCCCCGUGUCAACUUCUUCGCUUCUUAUCGCCGCUCAACUUAGCUUCACGGCAAUAGGGGCUUUCUUCAUAGUAAAAAUAAAGUUGACUUCAUAUUCUAUUAAUGGGAUCGUCGUGUUGACAGUUGGCGCGAUUUUAUUGGGUAUUCGGGCGAACGGUGAUAGGCCCGAGGGUGUGACUAGUAAAGCUUAUGUUAUUGGUUUUAUUAUGACACUCUUGGCUGCAGCUUUGUAUGGACUUAUUAUGCCUUGUAUUGAGUUGAUUUAUUUGAAGGCAAAACAGGCUAUUACCGCAACAUUGGUGUUAGAGAUUCAAAUGGUCAUGUGUUUUGCAGCUACUGCCUUUUGCACUGUUGCAAUGAUAGCCAAUAAGGACUUUCAGGCAAUAUCAAGGGAGGCAAAACAAUAUAAUUUGGGAGAAGAUAGAUAUUAUAUAAUCCUAAUAUGGAGUGCCAUAAUUUGGCAAUGCUUCUUUGUGGGUGCUAUUGGAAUUAUUUACUCUUCUUCUUCUUUGAUGUCUGGGGUUUUACUUGCAGUUUUACUGCCGGUUACUGAAAUAUUAGCGGUAAUUUUCUUUAAUGAAAAAUUUUCAGGUGAAAAGGGACUUGCUCUUUUCCUAUCUCUUUGGGGUUUUGUCUCAUACAUGUAUGGAGACUACAAACAAGCAAAGAAAGUAGAGAAGAAAAUAAAUCAAGAAAGUGAGAUGAUCACAACAAUGUAUACUAAUGAGUCUGUUUGAAUUUUAUUACAUUAAUUGUUAUAUGGUACAAUUAGAUUUGUUAUGAGGUCAAAAGACAUAUGCUUCGAUUUCACUUGUUGAAUAAUGUAUUAGCAGUUUAAUAUGUUUGUAAAUUUAAUAAAGACAGUAACGAAAA